UUAGAGAGGUUUGUUGGAUUGUUGUCACGAAUCUUUCCUCCUGUCUCUCCCCUUCUCCAUAUGUGUGAUAACACUGACACCUUAUCUUCUACUAGCCCAAGCUCUCUUCAAUGGCUUCCUCUGCGGCGGCUUCUCCGUCUUUCUCCUUAAACCAACGAACCCAGUUUCAGCACCAGAACGCCAUAGGCGCUUGGCUUAAACCUCCUGGCUCCGCCGUUUUCCCCCGCAAAGCUCUUCACUUCUCCGACCAUUCGCCGGACAAACGACCUUUCCUGCCGAUUUCGGCUUCAUCUUCGUCUUCCUCGUCUUCCUCUGUGUCCGUUAGCGAGAAACCUCCUGCGAAUUCGCUUAAUUUCCACGAUAAUGUCAUCGAGAGUUUGGAGAAGCAGGACACCUAUGCUGGACCCAUCAACGGGGCUGGCUUAAUUGAGGGGGGUUUCAUCGAAAACCUCGGAAAACAGUCGAAUUCGAUCGAAAGCAGCGGAAUUUCGGUCAGGGGGAGGCUGUUUAUGCAAGACCCUCCGUGGAUUUCCGCGUUGUUUAUGAAGGGUCUGAACAAAAUGGUUGAUCAGACGGUGAAAAUCGAGCGCAAGGAGAUCGACAAGAGGAAGUUCGACGCGUUGAGGAGACGACAGGUGAAGGAAGAGACUGAGGCGUGGGAGAAAAUGGUCACUGAGUACAGAGAUUUGGAGAGGGAAAUGUGCGAGAAGAAGUUGGCACCGAAUCUGCCGUACGUGAAACAGUUGUUCUUGGGGUGGUUUCAGCCGUUGAAGGAUGCGAUAGAGAGAGAGCAGAAGUUGCAGAAGAACAAAAGCAAGAAGAUUAGAGCAGCUUAUGCGCCUCACAUUGAACUUUUGCCUGCUGAUAAAAUGGCGGUCAUUACAAUGCACAAGAUGAUGGGUUUGGUUAUGUCGGGACAUGAAGAUGGGUGUAUCCAGGUUGUCCAAGCUGCUGUCAGUAUUGGUGUGGCUAUUGAGCAGGAACUGAGGAUUCAUAGCUUCUUGGAGAAAACUAGGAAGAACAAUGCUGGGGAGACACAAGAUGGAUUGAGCAAGGAGAAGGUAUUGCUUAGGAAACGUGUUAAUACUUUGAUCAAAAGGAAAAGGCUUAUCGAUGCACUAAAGGUGGUGAAAAGUGAAGAUAUCAAACCUUGGGGACGAGACACACAAGCUAAGCUUGGAAGCCGUCUGCUAGAACUACUUAUGGAAACAGCUUAUGUACAGCCUCCCCUUACUCAGGCAGCGGACUGUCCACCGGAUGUUAGACCGGCGUUUAGACACAAGUUUAAAACUGUGACAAAGAAUCCAGGGGUAAAGCUGGUUAGAAGGUAUGGAGUAAUUGAAUGUGAUCCCCUCCUCCUUGCUGGACUUGAUAGAUCUGCUAAGCAUAUGCUGAUUCCUUAUGUUCCGAUGUUGGUACCUCCAAGGAAAUGGAAAGGCUAUGACAAGGGUGGUUACUUGUUUUUGCCUUCCUAUAUCAUGCGUACUCAUGGAUCCAAAAAACAGCAAGAUGCACUUAGAAAUAUUAGUACCAAGACUUCUCGUAGGGUAUUCGAGGCAUUGGAUACACUUGGCAACACCAAGUGGAGGGUGAACAGAAAAAUACUUGAUGUAGUGGAAAGGCUUUGGGCUGAUGGUGGCAACAUUGCAGGCUUGGUUAAUCGUGAAGAUGUUCCCAUACCAGAGAAACCAUCCUCAGAGGAUCCGAAAGAAAUUCAAGACUGGAAAUGGAGUGUAAGAAAGGCCAACAAGAUCAACAGAGAGAGGCACUCACUAAGAUGUGAUGUUGAGCUCAAACUUUCUGUGGCUAGAAAGAUGAAAGAUGAGGAGGGAUUUUUCUACCCUCACAAUCUUGACUUUAGAGGACGUGCAUACCCAAUGCAUCCUCAUCUCAAUCAUCUGAGUUCUGAUCUUUGCCGAGGAAUCCUGGAGUUUGCUGAAGCGCGACCACUAGGGAAAUCAGGGUUGCGUUGGCUGAAGAUACAUUUAGCAAACCUCUAUGCAGGUGGUGUUGAAAAGCUUUCACAUGAUGGACGCCUAGCUUUUGUGGAAAAUCAUUUGGAUGAUAUAUUUAGUUCAGCUGAAAAUCCUAUUCAUGGAAAUCGAUGGUGGUUAAAUGCCGAAGAUCCUUUUCAAUUUUUAGCCGCUUGUGUUAAUCUGACAGAAGCCUUGAAAAGUCCAUCACCACAUACUGUAAUCUCCCACUUGCCUAUUCAUCAAGAUGGGUCUUGCAAUGGCCUACAGCACUAUGCAGCUUUAGGAAGAGAUAGUUUUGAAGCUGCCGCAGUCAAUCUAGUUGCUGGAGAGAAACCAGCUGAUGUUUACUCUGAAAUUUCUCUUAGAGUUCAUGAUAUAAUGAUGAAAGACAGCAGUAAGGACCCAGAGACAAACCCAACUGCUGCAUUGGCAAAGAUCCUCAUCAAUCAAGUAGAUCGGAAGUUGGUGAAACAGACAGUAAUGACAUCAGUGUAUGGUGUUACUUAUGUUGGGGCACGUGAACAAAUAAAAAGAAGAUUAGAAGAGAAAGGCGUUAUAACUGAUGAAAGAUUGUUAUUUGCUGCUGCUUGCUAUUCUGCAAAAGUGACACUGGCUGCUCUUGGGGAGAUAUUUGAAGCCGCACGUGCCAUUAUGAGUUGGCUCGGUGAUUGUGCAAAGAUCAUUGCUUCCAGUAACCGACCAGUGCGAUGGACCACUCCUCUUGGACUCCCUGUUGUGCAACCCUACUGCAGAAGUGAAAGGCAUCUUAUAAGAACAUCACUUCAGGUUUUGGCUCUGCAGCGAGAGGGUAACUCGGUGGAUGUAAGGAAGCAAAGAACUGCAUUUCCUCCCAACUUUGUGCACUCGUUGGAUGGCACUCACAUGAUGAUGACGGCUGUUGCAUGCCGAGAUGCUGGCCUAAACUUCGCGGGUGUGCAUGAUUCCUAUUGGACACAUGCGUGUGAUGUUGAUGCAAUGAACAGAAUACUUAGAGAGAAAUUUGUUGAGCUUUACAACACACCGGUACUUGAAGAUCUAUUACAGAGUUUCCAGGCAUCUUACCCGAACCUUGUCUUUCCUCCAGUACCAAAGAGAGGGAACUUUGAUUUGAAGGAAGUUCUUGAAUCAUCAUACUUCUUCAACUGAUCCUGGCUCGUAAGCAUCGAUGUGUACCGUGUGUGGGAUGCAAUUUUGACUCAGUUUUUUCUUGGUGGCCUGUAAAUAAAGUAGACCAGUAGAACCGUGAAAGAGCCAAGAUGAAUACCAAAGGCUGCAAACGCAGAAGAGAUUCAGCUCAGUCAUGAACGUGGCUUGCAGGAAAUUGGAACAUCAUCGAACUUCUCUCUGGCUCUACACACAGAUCAGCAAGCCUGUCCAUAACAUCAAAUGCAGAGGUUCAGAAUCAUAGAGCAAGUUUUAUUCAUGCUGUUUGAAGGAAAUCCAGUAAGUUUCUGUUUUGCUGAUGUACAAAGAACACAUUGUAGAAGGAACUCAUCAUUCCUGCACAAAUCUUCUUCAAUCAAAUUGGUAUUAUGUUACUUUAUAA